AUGUUAUCCACAUCUCAAGAGUUCACUUCUAGAAUAUUACAAUAUUCAUAUUAUAUGAUAAAUGGUAUGAAUGUUAAAUAUGCAAGAAGGUGGAUAGAUCCAAUAAGUUAUGGAGUUAAUGGUACUUCACCUGGAUUUUUAGCAAACUCAUUUCAUAAUGGAUUAGCAAUGCUAUCAUCUAACUUUUACCCUAACUUAGCAAGUACAUUUGUAGGGAGUCCAGUAGAGAGAGCAGACUCAUCAUGGGAGGUAAGCCCAUAUACAUGGACUACUCAAUCUCACUAUCAACCAUUUCCUAAGAACUUCUCAACAGGUCCAAACUCAAAUGGUUUAGGUGUAUGGAAUGCUUGUUCCCAAUAUGCAAGUAUAUCAGGAGAAUUAGCAAUAUACAAUGAUGGAGCAGAUACAGUAAAAGCUUCAGACGUAGAUCAUAUAUCAAUAUUUGAUGUAGAAAUAAACUUAUACAUAACAUUCUGUAAUAAUACUGGUAUAUAA